AUUCAACAUCAUGUGGUUAGCAAAAUGGCUCCGUUCGUUCGGAGGAUGAUUGUCAUUUUAGCUGGAUUGUUCAUAAUUUUGAAGUUUGAACGAGAAUGAGUGUUAUUUAACAGAAUUCAUAUUGUUCGUGUAGAGAUAGAAUCGUUUUGCAAUAAUAAUGGCUGCUAUUCUGUCUCAGUACAGCACGACAGGAUUUUAUAAAGCUCCUGUGUCAAAAGGACUCAUGGGUAGCAUGUUCCUAACAUGCACAGCCAUGAAUAUGCCUCUGUUGGCUCACAUGCGCAAGUACUUGGUGUGUAAAUUGCCUGACAUCUUCAAAGAAGGGGAGGUGUGGAGGCUUCUGACAUCCAGGAUAACUUUCCUGGAUACAAAGGAUUUAGUUUGUGGUGCACUUUUAAUUUACUAUUUCAGGAUAUUUGAAAGGCGAUAUGGAUCACAUAAAUUUGCAUCAUAUUUGCUUGCAACCUGUACCAUUGCUACAAUUCUAGAAACAGCAGCCAUCCUGGUGUUGCAACAGUUCGACAUUGACCUGCACAGUGGUGGAUAUCUUCCACCAGGACCGUAUGGUCUGAUCUUCCCUUUGUUUGUGAGUUUCUUCUUCGACGUUCCUCGCGUAGCUCAAACACACAUUUUAGGCAUCCCUGUGACAGGAAAGACGUUAACAUACCUGUUAGGAUUGCAGGUGUGCUCCACUUCAAUAGCAACAGUCAUCUCAGGCCUGUGUGGCAUUGUGGCUGGUCUCAUGUAUCGAUACAACAUUCUGUACCUGCGUCGUUGGUUCUUGGUGCCACGAUGGAUGGCUAAAUUGAGCAGUAUGUCAGUUGGCUGGUUGUUGCGCUCUGGUACACCACAGGAGGGAGCUAUUGGUGCUACGCUGGAGAUUCAGCGUGCACAGCAGCUGGAGAUGCUAGAGCAGCAAGUGUUACUGAGUCGUGCACGUGAUGUGCGUAGACAGCAGGGACAAGGCUUUGCAGAAACUUUGGUGGGCCCUGAGAACUACUGGCCUAAUCAAAAUGGAACAAUCUUUGAAGGUUUCCUCAGGAACAGGAGGCACAACGCUGUAGAUGCUGAAGAAAAUAACAUACAGCCAUCAGAGGAGCAAGUGCAGACAUUAAUGGAAAUGGGAUUUGAACGUGCACGAGUGCUAAGUGCCUUGCGUAAUGCAAAUAAUGACAUUCACAGUGCAACAAAUAUCUUGCUUCACGAGUCCUGAACUCUUACCGGCACAUGUAAGAAAGUGGUCAUGUGAAACUGACUUGACUAAUGGUCUGCAAUUAUGGGAGACAAAUACAAAAAACAGUUUACCAUCAACUUUUCUUUCUACUGUCUCAUUUGUACAGGACUUGGUAGUGGCAUGAUUGCGUGGUCAUGUGAUAGCAAUAAAUGAUUUGAAGUUUGUAGCGUGAAGCAUAUCUGAUGUUCGGAUCUUGGAGUGGACUGUGUGAUGACUGAACACUAUAUAUAUUGGUUUAUAUACAAUAGUAUACACAAAAUUCAGGUGUUACUGGUGGUGUUGCACGCAAGGGCAUCUAUAUUGUGCACAUUAUUUGAACAUUUGUAAAACUAAUUUGAAUCGUAAUAUUUUAUUAUUCUUUGAUUUUGUUUUGUAAAGAAGACUCUUGACAUUUAAUUGGACUAGUUUUUUGCUUUUAAACUUGUCUUGAAAGUGUGGGUUUUCAUAAGUCAGGCUGAGACGUUAAUAUAUCAGGUGGACCAUGUGAUUGUGUUUGUUAUUGUAAUGGGCAGCAGAGUCUGAUUCUGACUGUACCUUUUAAAUAAAUUAUUUGCUUGUUACAACUGUGAAAGAGGGGUCACAUGUGACUGUUACCAAAGUAGCUCGCCUAUGUGACAACAACCAAAAUAAACUCCUGUGAGUGACUUUCAUGUAUUUACUUGGGAGACAAAAUAUUAAAUGACUGCUCUUGGACCAAAUUAUGUUAUAUCACUGCAAGUGAAACAUACCAUACGAAGAAGUGUUUGGGUAUUUAGUUAGUGCUGCAAAGCAGACUUAAAGUAGUACUGAAUAAUCAGGUAGCAAUGUACAAAUGUUUUAUGUAAUGGAUAAAGGGUAGCAGAAAUGUUUCAGAAGUUGAUGAUAUGUACAGUUACCAUAAGAAGUAAUAUAGAGAUUUUAGUUUUCAAUAAAUAUCAAUGGAACUAUUUGGUAAAGCACA